CCGGCGAACCCAGCCGGCAGCCGGGGAGCGCGCAGGAUGCGCGGGGCGCCCGCGACCCUCCGCGGCAGGGCGAGGCCCCGCGGGCGGACCGUGAGCGCAACGUCCGCCCCGGGGAACCGCACAGGCACGUGUGCUCAGCUGCAGCCACCCCCAAAGGGCACCUUGCAAGUCCUCCGUGGCGAUGGCGCUUCUGUGGGGACUGUGCUCGUUUUCCACUGCCCCUCGGGCCACCAGAUGGUGGGCUCCGGCCUCCUCACCUGUGCCUGGAAGGGGAGUAUCGCCGACUGGUCUUCGCAGACCCCCGUGUGCAAGUCUGUGCCGCCCCAGGAGGCCUUCGGCUUCAAGGUGGCAGUCAUCGCCUCCAUCGUGAGCUGUGCCAUCAUCCUGCUCAUGUCUGUGGCCUUUCUCACCUGCUGCCUCCUCAAGUGUGUGAAGAAGAGUGAGCAGCAGCGGCGCUCCAACAGGAUGGCGCAGCUAUGGCACCAGCUGAGGGGCGAGGAUCUGGAGACGGUGCAGGCUGCGUACCUUGGCCUCAAGGUCCACAACCAGAACAACAGCAGCAGCCACAAACCCAGGAGCCAUCCCAGCCAGGCGCACGACAACCACAGCUUCACCACUGCUCUGGGCUUGCCAGGGAUCUGCUGGGUGGUCUCAGUCUCUCCUGUGGUGGUGGCAUCCCUUGCAGACCUGGGGUUGCUGCUGGCAGUCAGCAGAGACCUCAUGGAGUACUGGCCAGCGGGUCCACCCUCCCGGCUACCCCCUGUGGCUCCCUUGCAUCACAGUGGCUGCUUUCCAAGUGACAGUGUGAGCAUCAGAGAGGCUGUUUCGCUGUCAGCCUUGGAAGUCUUCUGCUCUGUCCUAUUCAUCAAGGUGGCCCCAGGGUCCAGGGUGGGGUGUUAGGCUCCACAGCUAGGAAGUGGUGAAGAAAUGAGGGAUGCGCUUUAAAACCAUCGUGGGAGCCCUGCACAGUGGCACAUGCCUGUAAUCCCAAUGACUCGGGAGGCUGAGCCAGGAGGAUCACAAGUUCAAGGCUGGCCUGGGCAACUUAGCAAGACCCUGUCUCAAAAUAAAAUUUAAACAGCUGAGAGUGUAGCUCAGUGGUAUAGCCCCACUGGGUUCAAUCACCUGUACAAAAAAAAAAAAAACAAACAGCUCAUCAUGGGGCCACACUGGCAGUGGCAGCUGAUAAACCUUGGGUUUCUUGGGUUUGAUUCCUAGCACUGGGGUGGGGGUGGGGUGGGAAUUAGAGCCAUCACAAACCUUUAAGUCAACUACUUACCAAGACAAUUUUAUAGAAGAGGGCCCCAGCUCUUACCCCUCCAGCCUGGGUCUCAGAACAACUUGGGCAGCCCAGCUAUAUUUUGUGUGCAUCCAACCAGGGCACUCCUGGCAUUAGAAGAUGCUGCACUCUUGUUUUAGUUUAAGAUGAACUUGGGAGCUGGGCAUGAAGGUGCAUACCUGUAAUCCCAGUGAUUUGGGAGGCUGAGGCAGGAGGAUUGAAAGUUCAAAGCCAGCCUCAGCAACUUAGUGAGGCCCCAAGUAACUUAACAGAGUCUCAAAAUGUAAAAGGACUGGGGAUAUGGCUCAGUGGUUAAGCACCACUGGGUUCAAUCCCAAGUAUCCAAAAAAAAAAAAAAAAAAAAAGAUGGAGAUCAUCUCAUAGCUCUAGGUCCCAUCCUCUCUUCACCUCUGAACCCCAUAUUUGUCUUGGGUCAAUUAAAAAUAUAUGCAGCCUUCCACAA